CUCAUAGGAAGCGACGUGCUCCAGAGGGUGGCAUCUGACGCUAUUUUGGUUCAACACAGGGGGAUUUUGCCGUUGUAAAUUAAAUGAACAUUUGAGCCAUCAUGUCGAUUAGUAGGCUCAGUGGCAUAUUAGUGUUCGUAAGUUGACCACUGUUUCCUGGACACAAGUUGGACAGACUGCAUUAUCAAGGAGCGAAAGGAUGGUGCGGGUGGUGUUUCUCCACCCAGACCUGGGUAUAGGUGGUGCAGAGAGGCUGGUGGUGGAUGCAGCUGUAGCUCUACGCUCUCGCGGCUGCAGUGUUCAGAUCUGGACGGCCCACCAUGAUCCCACACACUGCUUCUCAGAGACACUGGACCCAGACCUGAACGUGGUGUGUGUGGGUGACUGGUUGCCUACCAGUGUGUUUGGGUACCUGCAUGCCCUGUGUGCCUACCUCAGGAUGAUCUACGUAGCUCUCUACCUGGUCUUCCUCAGCGGAGUAGAGUACGACGUGGUCUUCUGUGAUCAGGUGUCGGUGUGUAUCCCAGUCCUGAGGUUGUCUCGUCAGAGGAAAAAGGUUCUGUUCUACUGUCAUUUCCCAGACCAGCUACUGACCCAGAGAGGCUCAGCUCUGAAAAAGCUCUACCGCGCCCCCAUAGACAGACUGGAGGAACUCACCACUGGCAUGGCUGAUAUGGUGCUGGUGAAUAGUUGUUUCACUGCAGUGGUCUUUAGGGAGACCUUCCGUUCCCUGGAUGGGGUCCAGACUGACGUCCUCUAUCCCUCCCUCAACACACACAGCUUUGACAGGCCCCCUGAGGAGCAGCUAGAGCAGGGUCUGGGGGGCUUGAUCCCUGAAGGUGUGUCCUGCCUCUUCCUGUCUCUGAACCGCUAUGAGAGGAAGAAGAGCCUGGGUCUGGCCCUGGAGGGCCUCUCUUCCCUGAAGACUCGCCUCGCCACAGGGGACCAGGCAGGAAUCCACCUGGUGGUGGCAGGGGGGUACGACGGCCGUGUUGCUGAGAAUGUCCAGCACUACGCUGAGCUGAAGGAGCUAGCAGCACGGCUGGGAUUGGAGGACUCUGUCACCUUCCUGCGCUCUCCCUCAGACAGCCAGAAGGUGGCGCUGUUGCGGGGCAGUGCAUGCGUUCUCUACACGCCCAGCAGAGAGCACUUUGGGAUAGUGCCAGUGGAGGCCAUGUACUGCUGCUGUCCCGUCAUUGCUGUGAGGUCUGGAGGGCCUCUGGAGAGUGUAGGUGACGGGGAGACGGGCUUCCUGUGUGAGCCCACGGCCGAGGCCUUCUUGGCCAUGGAGAAGCUGUUCAGAGACCCCCAGCUCCGCAAGGACAUGGGCCAGGCCGGCAGGAGGCGGGUUCAGGAGAAGUUCUCCCUGGAGGCCUUCUCAGACCAGCUGCACGGGUACAUCCUCAGACUGACCCAGUGACACCUCUGCUGGAGCAGUAACUGGGCUGGGGUGUGUUAGCGGCGCAGCUUUCGGUAGAAGUCACCCGUAGACACAUCUAGAUCAGUUUACCUUCUCUUAAUCCCUGCCUAAAUCCUAACCAAAGAAUGGAGAACUGACCUGAGAUCAGCAUCUCAUUGGUGCAUUUUCAUCCUACUGCAACUAUAGCCAGGUAGAGGUGGAUGGGCUAAAUAUGUAGGGAUAAAAUACGGUUACUGAGAACUGGAGGACAGACUGGGGAGGGGGGGGGUAUAAUGUAGAGGGACGCAGACUGAGGAGGACUCUAGACAAUUAGUCAUUGUUCCUCCAGGAGGGGUUGCUGAGGGAAUGGAGGGAUGGAAUCUCAGCUCCAAUUAACAAAAGAGUAAGGACUUUACCCAUACUGCCCUGGGGCCUCUCGUAACAAUACCAGCACCGGCCCUUGGUUCCAGAAGUGUGUGUGUGUGAGGGGGUGACCAAGGGCUUAAUGAACAAGAGCUACAAAACCACUAGGAUGGAUCUGUAGUGUGAUAGACGUGCUGCUGUGUGUUUGCGCAUGCCACCGAGCGCCAUUAGCCAGUUGGCAGCCACAGAUCGAUAAGCAGGAUGUUUGCCACUUCCUCUGCCCUUUCAGACCUUGGUUACUUUUCACAAUGACGGAAUGUUUGGCCUGUACAUUGCUGUUGAUGUCGGUCUCUGGGUUAUUAGGAGAUGAUGCUGUGUGUUGGUCAUUAUGUGUGUGUGUGUGUGUGUGUGUAGUAUAGAAGGUCAUGUUGUCUGCUGGUCAGUCUGUUACUAACCUCUAGAAGAGCUCUUAUUGACAUUCCUCAAGUCUUAAUAAAACAGUCAGAGGACACAUAUCUGGUUUACCAACUCUG